AAAUACCUGUCAUCCAUUAACAGUCCCUCCCACGUGUAACAAACCCAAUCUUCCAAUCCCCAUAAGCUACAAAGCCGGCCAUGAAAGUAAAAAGCUCAAAGCUGGGAUCGCCACUCUCUAUUAUCCAUAUACAUUCAUUUCUAUUCUUUUUUCUUUUUCCUUACUUACACAUUUCAAUGCUUUUUGAUUCUUGUUUCUUUCUUCCCUUUUAUGGUUUUAAUCAAUAUUCUUUUUGUUUAAGUUUAUCAUAUAUAUAAAUAUAUCUAGAUCUUGUUGUACCAUUUGGGUAAUCUUGAAAUCUUGGCAUGUGGGUGACUUUGCUUCUUUCUCAAUUCCUAAGAAGGGUCUUCUGUCAUACUCCUAAAAAUGUGGGUUCUUGUGGUGUUUCUGAGCUGAGAUCAAGAAUCUGUCACACAGCUGUCCAUGUGAACAAAGGAAAUUUAAUAAUAAUAAUAAUUAAGGGGAAACAAACCAUGAAUGUAUGUGUACACUAUUAAGGGAUCUGUUGUAUAUUUUUGAUGGAGUGAAUGGAAGAAAUGAUGGCUCCAGGCACCAAUAUGUCACCACCAUGUAAUGGAGAAAUAGAGAAUGGAUUUUGUAAAGGAAAUAUGUCAGCUAUUGAAGAAAAUCAGGAUGUAUCUGAUAGUUUGAGUCAGCCAAAUGCAGGGAAGCCACCAAGAAACCAUGCAGGGAUGAGGCAUUGUAUCAGCCAAGCUAGCUUGGAAGCUGCUACUGCAUUGGAACCAAAUCCAAUAAUGCUCGGUCCCAAAUCAUCAUCAAGUGACAAUUUUGCUUAUGUCCCCAUCUUUCGCUCAGGAAGCUAUUCCGAAAUAGGACCCAAACACUACAUGGAAGAUGAACAUAUCAGUGUUGAUAAUCUUCGGGAGCAUGUUGGUGGCUCCAAAGGUCUUCUUUCACCAGGCGCAUAUUAUGGUGUGUUUGAUGGGCAUGGUGGCGUUGAUGCUGCAUCAUUCGCUCAAAAGAAUCUCCUUAAAUUUAUUUUAGAAGAUUCCCAUUUCCCAUCGAUGGUUAAAAAAGCUGUCAGGAAUGCUUUUCAGAAGGCCGACAAUACGCUAGCUGACACAAAGUCUCUCGAUAGUACCUCCGGAACAACUGCUCUGAUUGCACUUAUUUUAGGAAGGACCAUGCUAAUAGCUAAUGCUGGGGACUCUCGAGCUGUACUAGGGAAGCGCGGAAGAGCAAUUGAAUUGUCAAAAGACCACAAACCAAACGCUACUUCCGAGAAAUUGAGAAUUGAAAAACUAGGGGGCGUCAUUUUUGAUGGCUACCUCAAUGGCCAACUGUCAGUUGCACGAGCUCUGGGUGACUGGCAUAUAAAGGGUGAAAAGGGUGAAAAGGGCCCGUUAAGCUCUGAGCCAGAGUUUGAAGAGUUGAUCUUGUCAGAAGAGGAUGAAUUCUUGAUAAUUGGCUGCGAUGGCUUAUGGGAUGUCAUGAGUAGCCAAUAUGCAGUAACAAUCGUAAGAAAGGAGCUCAUGCUGCAUAAUGAUCCCGAGAAAUGCUCUAAAUUUCUCAUCAAGGAGGCACUGAAGCGUAACUGUUGUGAUAAUCUAACCGUUCUUGUAAUCUGCUUCUCUCAUGAUCCGCCACCUCGAAUUGAAAUACCAAAAGCUACAAGGAGGAGAAGUAUAUCAGCUGAAGGACUGGAUCUUUUAAAGGGAGUGUUGAGUGACAUAUGAAGGAGAGUCCGGCAACUUUUUGUACAAAUAUAUCUUAGCAUACACCACGGUCUGCAAUUUUUCUGAGUUUCUGCUGGCCAUGGUUCAUAUUGAUUGUUGAUGAGAAAUACGGAGCUCCUGCAACCUCGGUGCCUCCAAGAACUCGAUGAUUGCCCUUUUUAUUCUUCGAACUAUAUACUGAUAUCAAUACAAGAUGCAAGAUGCAUUCGUACUGAGACAACGAUCUAUUUAAUGACUGGAUUGUGUAUUCCUUCCAAUUCAGAAGAAGAAGAAAUUAAAAAGUACCCUCUGUCUACAAAAUGAUUGUAAAGCUGACCAUUACUGGUGCAAACAAAGAUGUAAUGUGACAAAUGUAUGAAAUGGGGAAACAAAGAUCUCCAUGCAUUUUUGUUAAAUAAAUAGCUUGUAUGUUUGAUCAA